AUGGGGAAGGCUCUUUCCCACCUGCCGAAGCAUACUUGUCAUGAUGAGGGUAAGGACAGCCUGACCUCAUCGCCCGACAGCGCCAUGCAGACCGAUGACAAUAAGAGCGGGGGAGACGUGUCUCAGUUCCCAUACGUGGAGUUCACUGGCCGAGACAGCGUCACCUGCCCCACAUGCCAAGGCACUGGAAGGAUCCCGCGAGGCCAAGAAAAUCAGCUGGUGGCCCUGAUCCCAUACAGCGACCAGAGGCUGAGACCAAGGAGAACCAAGCUGUAUGUGACUGCUUCAGUCAUCGUGUGCCUGCUGCUGUCCAGCUUGGCUGUGUUCUUCCUUUUCCCACGUUCCAUUGAUGUCAACUAUGUGGGAGUGAAGUCUGUCUACGUGUCCUAUGACCAGACCAAACGCAUUGUGUAUCUCAAUGUCACUAACUCACUGAAUAUUACUAACAACAACUAUUACUCGGUGGACGUGGCCAACAUCACAGCCCAGGUGCAGUUUUCCAAGACUGUGAUUGGAAAAACCCGCAUUAGCAACAUAACCACUAUUGGCCCUCUGGAUAUGAAGCAGAUUGACUACAUGGUGCCCACCACUAUCGCAGAUGAAAUGAGCUAUAUGUAUGACUACUGUACCCUGCAGAGCAUCAAGGUGCACAACAUUGUGGUUAUGAUGCAGAUAACUGUCACUACGGUGUACUUUGGCCAUGCUGAGCAGGUGUCUCAGGAGAUGUACCAGUAUGUGGAUUGUGGAGAAAAUACUACUGCUCUGCAUGAGUACAGUCUGAAUACUCCUCUGGCAGGCUAGAGCUGAGCCUGGUAGUGUAACCCGUCACCCUGACCCUCACCGCACCACUCCCAUGUGUCAUUGUUUUGGCAAAACUGGUUGAGUGUUUACUGCACUUCUGCCAGUUAACCACUAGAUGUCAUGCUGUUUGCAAAUCACGAAUUAUGCACUUUAUUGUCCAUGUUCUCCAAGCAAUAUGAACAUUGCGAGAUCUCGAAGUUCUCAUUCCAGGUCACUUUGCCAAACUGAAUUAUUCGCUACAAAUUCAUUUUUGACAAAGUUCCAUUGUUUUCAAGCACUGCAUAUACUAUUUAAAACCUUUCUAAAGUGAAGUAACUGUGCUUCAGGUUAUUAUAUUUAUUUCUAUCAUUUUGAACCUAAUAUUAAUUUCACUUUCAGUGAUGGGAUCAAUUUUAGCCCAAACACCAGGAGUUUAUUGCUGGUGGAAAUAUUACCUGAUGUUAACUGAAUUCCUGUUUAUACCUCAUUCCACAGAUUUGGUUCAGACUCAGAAGCAGUAUUACACGAUGCUGUCUUAUGAGGGGCAUAUUUAAGAUUAUGUUCAGGUACUAUGUGUGUUUCAUACAAAAGCAUCAUGUAACGCAGGAGGGAAUGUCAGUGUAGAUAGUGCACAAGUUGGGAAGAGUAAAAUGCUUAAAUCUAUUUAUUUUGUAAUGCAAAGUUUCUCAUUGUUACAGUUUAUAAUCUGUCAAUCUCUCCACCAGAAAUUGCCUCUAAAUGCAAACUGAUACAGCACUAAUUACGUAGAACUAUUAUCACUGGGAUCUGAGAGCAUCCGGCUGCUUGCAUGAUGGAAGAAAUUAUGAGAUGAUCAUUCCCUCAUGUUCAGAAUUUAAAUGCAUUUCACAGAAAUGUAGAAGUUUGCUUAUUAAAACUAGAUGUGACGUUUUGAUUGAAAGAACUUUGAUAACAUUUUUAACAUUUCUCAUGUUCGAACUUUACACUUUUAAACAUUUUAAUCAUGUUGUAAAAAAGCUUCACAGAUUAUUUUUGCUUAAAGGUGGUCUGUUUCCUUUGUAAUAGAAGUGGCUGCUAACAUGAUGUGGCAUUUAUGCAGUUCAUAACAACCGCUGGCUUGAUGUACAUGUACACGUUUAUAUGUAACACUUGUGAUUUUUGAGAAAAGUGGUUUGGACUGCUUUAGAAGUACACUGAAAUAACAUGAUGCUGACUGGUUUCCAUUAAAUAAACCUGUUUUGAGUCAUU